GUGGAAGUUCUGAGUAGGUGUCGGGGAAUUCUUGCCCACGAAUGUCUGAUAUCAUACAUUCGGUUCCUCAAUGGACAGGAUUUAUAUCGGACGCAGUGUGAAGAGUUGAUCACAGCAAAGGGAGAAGAAGAACAUCAUCACCACCAUCAUCUCUGACAGCAUCAUGAGGACUCUCUGCUUCACUCUGGGCCUGCUGCUGCUCACCGCCUGCUGCUGCAACGCCAUGCCUAAAGCUCCACAGUACAACACAGCGCCUGGAAACUGCUGCUUCAAGGUCUCCACGCACAGUUUGCCAUUAAAGCGUGUCUCCAGCAUAACCAAGACCCACAGCUCCUGUCUGAAGCAGGCUUUCAUAGUCAAGACUAUCAAAAGGAGACAGAUCUGCUACAGUAGAACGUUCCAGUGGGCUAUGGACGUCUACGAACAGCUGCACAAUAAGCGGCACUGA